GAGAGAGAGAGAGGAGCUUAUCGUUCUUUCAUCAAUGGCCUUCGCCGUCACCGGCGUCUCCCCACCAGAACCGCCAGACCCAGACCCAGACCCACCAGAGCUAUCUUUAGCAUCUCCUAUCUCUUCCACCUCAGUUUGCUUCCUUGUCUUAACUUUCACUAUUUCAGAUCUGGAUCUAAAAAUUCAAAUUUUCAGAGAAAUAGAUCUGAGCAACCAGAUCUUCAAAGAGAUUCUUCUCUUAAAAGAUUUUGGUUUGAUGAUUUUUCUUGUCGUGUUCAUACGACCUCUUACUCCAGUAUGCAGAUCUUUCUUCAUCACCUCAUAUCCAGAAGCUCACCCUUCUCUCACUUUCACCAAGUCUGCCACCACUGGAUCUCGUUCACCGCCAUCACUGGACCCAUUAAUCUUUCUACUGGAUACAUUCCUGCAGGUUAUAGAUUUGAAACUUUAUGUCUCUAUCUUGCUUGUUUCGAUGUUGUCCCUUGGGUGUUCUAUGGUGCUUUGUUACAAUAUGCUCGCCUCUGUGCGACUCUCUGCAGUAUGCAGCUUAGUGUUUCUGGAUUGUUUAUCCCUUGUGAAGUAUGAUUGUCUCCCAUAUGUUCCAUUCGACUUGAGUGGCUGUGUUGCAGGGAGUAGUGUGCACAAGAUUGUAUAUGCUUCCAUGUUUGUUCUGUUAAAAGGCUCAUCAAUUUGGUGCUUUGUCGCCUUUGCUUGUGAUGCCGAAAUUAUGAUUGUUAAGUCUGCUUUUGUUGCGGUCUCAAUCCCGGGUGUUAGACCAUUAUCCGUGCUCUCUAAUUCCCACAGCCUCAUUUCACUUCUUAGCACAAUUGGCGUUGAGUUUCGAGGACUGCUCAACGACAUUAGGUGUUGUUUAUGUGUUGUGUUUGCUCCUAUCUUAUGGUGUUGUAUCUCAUUGCUCUGCUUUGCUAUGGAAGCAGAUGUUUUAGCCGGUUUGGCCUUGUUGUUGCUUGAUGUAAACAAUUUCUCCAGUUAUGGAGACUAAUGAUUUAUAAAGCUGUUGU